AAGAAACAACAGUCGCUAUCAAAAUUUCACGCACGACACACACAUACACACAGUGAAAUACAUACAAUACAAAGGUGAGAACACAAAAGCAAAUUCCUCUCGCGCGAGUUAUGAAUUGCGCAUUCAAAACCACGAGUCGAAUCAGUAAGACGAGUUACCCCAGACCCCACCGCCUGAUAUUCUCCAACAUUUUUCUGCAUUUACCGCUACAUUCUUCCAUCAUCCUCCUCCCGUGCGCCGAUUAAUUUGCGGGGAAGGAAUGUGGGUAUGAAAAGAAGGUGAUGGCUAGUCUUUGUCCAGAUUGAAGACACUUGAGUUGGAUUAUGUGAUUAGUGUCGUUGAGCAUAACAUGAGUUGUAGCUGCUUUGGUGCCACAACCGUGCUCCAGAAGAAACGAGAUAAGCAUGUUCGUCAACCUCCGCAAGAUGAAGAAGGGGCCUCAAUUGCAAAGACGAAGAAUUUCUCAUAUAAUGAGUUAAGAGUAGCAACAAACAACUUCCAUCGAAGUAACAAAAUAGGACGAGGAGGUUUUGGUACAGUUUACAAGGGCAUUCUAAAAAAUGGAACGGAAGUUGCUGUAAAGAUGCUUUCUGCUCAGUCAAAACAAGGAGAGCGCGAGUUUUUGACUGAAAUUGAUACCAUAUCCAAUGUCGUACAUCCAAACCUCGUUGAAUUACUUGGUUGCUGUGUUCAUGGACCUAACCGGAUUUUGGUGUAUGAAUUUUUAGAAAAUAGCAGCAUCGAUCAUGCACUAUUAGGUGCAAAGAGGUCCGUAAAAUUGAACUGGAAAAGGAGGUCCGCGAUUUGCAUGGGGACUGCCAGAGGGCUUGCGUAUCUUCACGAAGAACUCACGCCUCACAUUGUGCAUAGAGAUAUCAAAGCUAGUAAUAUACUUCUGGACAAAAACUUCCAACCAAAAAUUGGAGACUUUGGAUUGGCUAAACUUUUCCCUGAUGAUAUUACUCACAUUAGCACAAAACUAGCUGGAACAACCGGUUACCUGGCACCUGAGUAUGUAAUAGGUGGUCGCCUAACUAUGAAGGCCGAUGUGUAUAGCUUCGGGAUUCUAACACUUGAAGUUGUUAGCGGCAGGAGCAGUGCAAACACCAAUUACAGAGGAGCACAUAAGUUGCUAGUCGAAUGGGCUUGGGAGCUUUAUGAAGAGGGAAAAUUGGUGGAUCUGGUCGACCCGGAACUUGAGGAAUUUGAGGAAAACGAAGUUGUAAGGUACAUGAAAGUGGCACUGUUUUGCACUCAAGCAAAUGCAAGCAGGAGGCCAUUGAUGAGUCAGGUCCUUGAGAUGCUCUCUAGAAAUGUUAAGCUAAACGACAGCCAACUCACCCCUCCAGGUUUCUACGAAGAUUCGGGCCGAUUAAGUGGUAAACUAUCGAAGAAUCAUAAUUCAUCUGAAACCUCGACCAGCUAUCAGACGACUUCUUUUCCUAUCACAAUCACUCAGGUUACCCCAAGAUGAAUUUGAAGGCCUCAAAUCCACUAUUCUUCGAGAUUUUUUUUUCUUCUUCUAAAUUGUUUAUCCAAAUCUGUGUGUAUUUAAGUUCCACAUGGCAUCUGAAUGAUGCUUUUUCCGGUGCCAUGUUAUUGUUUUUUCGAUGAUCUGCAUCGGGUAUUUCCUGUAUAUAGGAGAUAUGUUGCGAUGACACAUACGUAGAGUAGAGGGACAUAUUGCGAGAAUGACCUAUUUUUUUUAUAGUACUCAAACACAUGAUGUAUGAAUUACGAGGGGUUUUAAUUCUUUUACAGCAUAUGAAAUUAUUCCAUGGUGACAGUUAUUUCUGUUUAAAGACAUGAUGUAUCUUUGUAUAGUGGCAUUUGUGAAUUUCACUGU